AUGGCCCCGUACCGCAUGCCAUCACAAACCAUGAUGCAGCCCGCCAUGGUACCCGUGAUGCCGCAACACAUGAUUUCAGGGUCUAUGACACAGGAUCCCGCGUCAAUGAUUUACAACUCGAGGAUGCACGGCAUCCAUCCAUUCGCCAUGGCCGCGUCUUCGUCCAUGAAUACGCCAUCCCGGCAGCGAUCCGUCGCGGGGCUCUCGAUCACGGAUGAUUUUUUGCCGGAGCAGGCCCAAUCCCGUAGAAGAUCCGAAUCCAGAAGAUCGCGGUCUAAGAGAGACGUGGACCUCGACGAAGACCGGUAUGAAGACCGCGAACAGUAUCGAGACCGGCGGGACCGCAGUGGAAGUCGUGCUUAUGACCGUGACUAUCAGCCCGGUCGAACUUCAAGUCGCCUGAAACUGAGGAUCGAAAGGAAUCGCGAGCACGACAUUGGCGUCGAGCGCAGAUAUGAGCGGUACUUCGAGGACGGCGUCGAAGUGGACGUUGACGACCAUAAAGACAGGCGUCGGCGUGGCUCUGAUCGCAGCAUCGACGACGACAACGUCGACGUCGUCAAGCGACCAAAUAGUCGUUCGUUCGUGUGCACGUGUACCAAGACUUCAAGCGGCCUCCAGGUCGGAGACUACACUGUCCAGCCCGGAGACCUCGAAGACCUCUUUGUGCUCAAGAGGACUGGCGAGCUCAAAAAGAAGAAAAAAAAAGAGAAACCGCCUCCACCCCCACCUUCAACAGGGAUCUUUAGCUACCUGGCGAAUCUAGUCGGAGUCAAGGCUCGUCCGCCUGCCGAGCUGUCAUCUUCUGAAGAGUCCGAAUAUGAUUCCGAGUACGAGCUGAAGAGACUCGAUCGCAAGCAGAUAGAGCACUGGUGGAAGCAGAUCGACCUUAAGCAGUUCCUCCAGGAGGUGAAAAAGGAAGAGCCAAAAUCAGAACCCAAAGAAGUGGAGACCAAACCGGAGACCAAACCAGAGACCAAACCAGAGACCAAACCGGAAACCAUACCGGAGACCAAACCGGAGACCAAACCGGAGCCGCUCAAGGUCGACGUUCCAGUCGUAUUCGUCUUUGGUGGGCCCGGGUCCGGCAAGGGCACCCAGUGCAUGAAGAUCGUGAAGAAGUACGACUUCACGCACAUCUCGUCCGGAGACCUGCUUCGAGAAGAGGUGCAGGCCGGCUCGGACAAGGGCAAGGAGAUCAACGAGAUCAUGAAGAAAGGGGAGCUGGUGCCUCUGGACGUCGUUCUCCAGUUACUCAAGGAAGGGAUCAGGAAACAACUCGCGACAGCGAAGGGCUACCUCAUUGACGGCUACCCCAGAAACAUCGAACAAGGAGAGCGUUUUGAGAAAGAGGUGUGUAAGUGCACGGACCUGGUGUACUUCGAGGUGACGGACGAGACAAUGACGAAGCGGCUGCUGGCUCGGGGCCAGACGAGCGGCCGCGUGGACGACAACGAGGAGACCAUCAAGAACCGCAUCAAGACCUUUCGCGACGAGUCGGAGCCGGUCAUCGAGAAGUACAAGGCCAUCGUCCACAAGAUUUCGGCAGAAGAGGACGAAGAAAAAGUUUUCCAAAUGGUGGUGCCCGUUUUCGACAAAAUUGUCGAGUCAAAGGCGACGACAAAGUAGAAACGCGGGCUUCUAUUCACACUUUUCCUGGUACAAUCUCACACUCCCCGCAUUUAUGAGAUAUGCUCAAUCGUGCCUGCGACAGGCCUCUGUUAGCUAACCAGGCUCAAAUCCCUUCGAAACGGCCCCCAACGGAAGCUCUCCAAGAUAGAGGACUGCCUGGUGUGCUUCAUGCAAUGCACUCAACGAGUACAGCAACAUCGCUCUAGCUAAUGUAUAAACAAUAAAGCAAUGCUCCGAGCUA